CUGAUGUCACAAUGCCUAACAGAGCUCCAGGUGACACAGGCUGAUGUCACAAUGCCUAACAGAGCUCCAGGUGACACGGGCUGAUGUCACAAUGCCAUGCGCUGCAUCACAAGCAGAUCUUCCCCGGGGCAGCGGCAGGGCCGGCACUUCCCUGCAGGGCCUGGGCGCUGCUGCAGCACUGCUCAGGGGCUCUGUCCUUCUGCGACCAGGAGUCGAUUCCGGGGCAGCCAGGCUGCUCUGGGUGACCCUCACUGACGCGUGGAGGAGCAGGGGCGCUUUGCAGAGAAUUGUUGGUUGGUUGAGGAGCCUUGUUGGCGGAGGGCAUCCUUAGUUCUGAACUGAGGCUGUCGGCAAGCCGCAUGGAAGGCUGCUGGACUGUGAGCGUCAGCUCAGAGCUGGCCUACGCGUUCCCAACGCUGCUGGAACUCUCUGCUGAAGGUAAGGCUGUCCGGACCCCCUUCCCAAGGCAUCGCGCGGGGCUGCUGGCUGUCCAAAGCCGCAGCUCCUGCUCUCUGUGCUUGGCUGGACGUGGCUGGGGGCUGUUGCGAGAGCCCUGCCCAAGGGUCCCGCUGGGCUCUGGGGACCACGUGGCAGCCAGGUCCCGAGAGCAGAGCUGCCCAGAGCCCCCGCUUCCUUUAGGCAUGCUCGGUCCCCUGUGAUAGGGCAGUCCGAGGCCAGGUUUCCCUGGCAGACGGUGUUUCCGUAGGUUGCAGCUCUGGGAGGAAAGGCAUCCUGUGUCCCAGAGGCUUCCUAUGUCCCCGUUUCCCCCUGGGGCUCCGAAUAAGGCUGAAAUCGGAGCAAAGCCCAGCUCUGGUAGCCAUGGUGGUGCUUUUUUGGGGUGUGUGCGUGUGCCUGCACCGAUCGCUGUCUGUGUGAGGAGCUUGCCAAGCAGCUGUGAAGAGGCUGGCCUGGAGCCUGACUUGUCUUUUCUUUCCUUUGCAGAGAUUGUGGCAGUCUGGGACGCUGUGUCUGAUUACAUCCUGGAACAGAUGAAGCUGGACAAGGGAGUCCUGAUUCCGGGACUCGGGGUCUUUGCUGGGGUCCGAGAGCAAUUCCACAGCAAAGAAGAGGCGCUUUCGGUUCUAAGGCCUGUCUUCCAGCUGGACAUCGGGGUGCUGUGGCUGCAGGAACUCCAGUCUCCCAACGACAUCAUCCCUGACGACGUCAAGAUUGAGCCGCUCAACUACCGGCAGCUCUCGCGAGCCUCCGGCGUCCCGCUGCACUUGGUGCCACGCUGCGUGCGGGAGAGCGUGCUCCUGUACUGUCACCUCCUGAGGAGCAGGGAGCCCGUCUCAUUCGUGUUCAAGAACCUCGGCGUUAUGACCUGCCAAGACGGCUUCCUCCUCAUGAGGUUCUUCUGCAGCUGCGUUGAAACGCUGGAGAGCAAUGCCCCCGUCCUCGCACUGAUCCACACCAGAUUCUGGACAGACGAUUCUGCUGACUUCGGGCCAGAGACCGCUGCCCAUGGCAUCCACGUGUUCCCGAGGUUUCAGCUCACCGUGGAAAAGAGCAGAGCAGAGGCCGCCGCAGAAAAAAAAGCUGCCAUACAGCGGAAGAUGAGUAAAGGGGUCUCUGCCGGCAGGCUGCUGCAGAGGCGGAAGACACUUCCCCCCUCCAUGCUGCUGCAGCGCAAGCCGAGCUCAAGGCAGCAAGAUGUGGCGAAGGAGCCUUCUGGCAGUGCGCUCCCGCCGUGUGCAGGCAGCUCCCGUGGGACAAAGAAAGCGGGACAGAAGGAAACAUCUGCUGCCCAGACCAGCGCUGCACUCCCUGCCACCGAGGAGUCUAAGAGAGCACUGCAGGAGCUCCGCAAAGAGUCUGCCCUGUGGAAAGAAGCAGACCACACGUGGCCCAUGCACCAACAGCAAAUAGAGCGAGCACAGGCAGAAAUGGCGGCAUGGGAAGGCUGGAGCGCAGGGGAGGACCAGCAUCCGCCCCAGCUGCUGGCCAGGGAGAGAGUGCGUGUUCCACAUCCUCCAGCCCAGCCCAGGAGACAGCAAGUGGGAAGGAGAUGGAGGAAGGACGAGGGUCUGCUGCCGGGAAGUAUAAUGGGGACGACGACCAAGCUGACACUGCAUGCUGACCUCCUUUCCCCGCGAGCGGCUCAGGUGCUCCGAAGGUUGGAGCCGCACCUCCAUCAGCAAGAGGUUUUUGCCGGCACAGCAGAAAGAAACCGGCAGAAGCUGGAGCAGAAGCGGCACCUCCUCCGGGCUGAAUGCUCGCACGGCUCCAGAGGGGAAGGUGCAGCCAUCGGUGGUGACCGCGGUGGAGCUCUCGGCACGGGGGCUGGGAAGCCGUCCAGAUUUCCACCUGUGAAUGGAAGAUCGUAGAAAACCAAAGACUCGUAGAACGGCCUGGGUUGAAAAGGGUCUCGAAGAUCACCGCCACCGGGCUGCCCAGAGCCACAUCCAGCCUGCCCUCGGAUGCCCGCAGGGAUGGGGCGUCCCCCAGCUCUCGGCAAGCUGUUCAGCACGUCACCACCCUCCGUGUGAAGAACGCCUGCUGACAUCUAACCAAAUUCUGCCCCCCUUUCACAGUUUAAAACCAUUCCCCCUUGUCCUGUCACCAUCCGGCCUCAUCAACGGCCGUUCCCCCUCUACUCUACAGCCUCCCUUCAAGAACUGGAAGGCCGCAGUGAGGUCUCCCCGGAGCCUUCUCCUCACCAAGCUAAACAAGCCUGGUUCCCUCCACCUUUCUCGACAGGAGAGGUGCUCCAGGCCUCUGAUCACCUUAGGGGCCCUCCUCUGCACUUCAUCCAAGAGCUCUGCGUCUUUCUUGUACCGGGGACCUCAGUUUUGGAUGCAGUAUUCCCAAUAAAAAUGAAUUGGCUUUAUUUCCA